AUGUCAGGUUUGAAGUUAAUUAGAAGUUAUUUGGGUGAUUCAUCUGACGGAAGUGAACAAAGUUCUGAUGAAGAGGAUUUUCGUGGAUUUAGUGAGAACACAUGUAAUGAAACGCGUGGAGUGCUUCUGUGCUAUGACCAAGAAAAAAGGAAAAACUUCCGGUCCUUCUUCGCUUCCUUGCCGCUUGAUAAUUCUGGUGAUAUUGUAUCGAGAGCAGAUAUAUCCUCGAAGGCGGAUGACGGUAAAGUGUCGACGAAGCAAAGUAUAGACCAUGGCUGUGAAGAAAAGGCGUCUGAUUUCCAUUUUAUAGUUGCGAAUGAAGAUGAGAAAGAUGAUCCUGGAAACGAUGGAAAUAACUAUGACGAUGUAACAUCUAAUGAAAGCCUGUUUUCCAUGAGUGCAGACAACUCUGAUGGCAGUUUUUUUGGUAACCUGCCGGAGAAAUCUAGAUCGCAGCGAAAAAGGACGAAGAAAGAAGCACGGAAGCGAGACAUAGCGAAACGGCGGCGGCUUUCACAUGCCACAAUACUUGAGCAUUGCGGCUGCAGCAAGGAAUGUAGCAAUUUGGUUUCAAAGGAUGACAGGAUCGAUAUCAAUAAUAGCUUUUGGUCCCUCGAUGCAGCAGGUCAGAAGCAUUUUAUACGGGAAAGGGUUAUACGUAAAGCCGUAAAAAGACGCAGUCGAAAUGCUUUCUCCGAGGAAAAUCUGCGGAAGCGUCACUCGUAUGAGUUCCAUAUUCGGGCGGUGGCAAGUGAUGAAGUGCCGAAAGUUUGCCGGAAGUUCUUCCUCAACACGUUCGGAUACGGGGAACAUUGUGGAAAUAUUAUCUAUCGUAUGGUUGAAGAUGCUGACGAUGAUGAAGAAGCUAGACCAAGAUCCCUCAAGCGGGGAAAGUAUGAGCGAAGCACCGAAAAAUAUACUUCUGUCAAAACCCAUAUCAACAAGUACAAUCCGUGCAUUUCGCAUUAUCGUCGUGAACAUGCACCCAACCGAUUAUACUUGCCAUCUGACUUGUCUGUUAGGAAAAUGUACAAGCAUUACAAAGAAACCCACGAGACAGAAAUGAAAGAAUUGGAGCUAAAGUUUUUUGAACCUGGCCAUACUUUUAUGGCUGCAGACAGCUUCCAUGCUGCUGUAGAAGGAUCAAUGCGGAAAGACCCUCCAAUAACCUAUGAAGACUUUCGAACCGUGGUCGCAAACGCGAAGUCGAACGUAGAGGUCCUAGAUAUGCAGCCAGAGGAUUUCUUCUCAAAUUUUCUGAACGUUUCUCAGUACGCCCUGAAUAAAAUUAAACCUCGCCCGUAUAUCGACAAUAUCAGAUAUAUUGCCGUUAAAAAAGGUUCAUUGAAUUUACACUACAGUGAAUCAGUGAGCGGAAAAGAUUUGAAGAGCUGUAAAAUUUUUACCGCUAAGCAAGAGCGACUGGUUUCGGAUGCUGAUUUCGACCUAGAAAAUCAACUGAAGAGAAAAAGAGAACCUCGAGGUAUUGACGCUAACAGGAAAGCUGAUUUGUUGAAAGUUAUUUUGCCACUAAUCGAGGAAGACAAGAAAGCGUAUUGGAGCCCCGGCGAAGGAGGUUCUUCCGAUACCGACGCCAACCAGCCGAGUGCCAAGGUCAGUCCAGCGAUUCCGGGGGAGCAGGGCGUCCGGUUCACUGGUGCCCUGACGACCCGUAACUGGUUGUAUUUCAUCGCGAACUACUCGGUCUAG